AUGGCCGAUCUAGAGGCGCAGAAGAAGCUUGUGCUUCCCUACCUUCAGCGCGCGGAGGAGGUGCAGGCGGUUGACCUCAAGGUGGCCUACUACUGCCGCUUGUGGGCCGUGGAUCAGGCCCUGAAGAUCACGAACCGCCACAAGGAGAUUGAUGGCCUCCUGAGGGCGCUGCUGAUUCAGCUGGAGAAGGACAAGCCCAGGGUGGCGCCGCUCGACCCAGAGGGCGACAAGUACCACUGCGAGAGCUUCGCCUCCAACAUAUUCCGCCGCGCCAACCGCGUGGACCGCGCCGGGCGCGCCAACAUCGACACCGCGCGCGCCUUCUGGGCCUCGUCCGUGUUCUAUGACGUGAGCGCCGCCCCCUCUCGCGCGCCCGCGCAGCGUGCCUCGGAACAUGGGAUGGAUGCACGCGCCGGUGUGGUGUUUUUGUGCUGA